GGCGACUAACAAUCUUCCUUGCUCCCUCUCUCUAGAACAUUCUUAUCUGUUCUCUACCUUCAUUUUUUCUUUUUCCUUUUUCAUUUUAUUUUAGCCAAAGCAUAAGAAAAUGGUGAUGGCAAAGGGUCCGGGCCUCUAUUCUGACAUUGGCAAGAAAGCCAGAGAUCUUCUUUACAGGGAUUAUCAGGGUGAUCAUAAAUUCACUAUCACUACUUACACUGCAAAUGGAGUGGUGAGUAAAAUGCACAUUUCUUUAGUUGAAAUGGGAUUUCUGGCGACGGGGCUCAGGGUUUUUAUUCAACGUUUGCAAUAUCAGCUUGCUAUCACAUCGACUGGAACUAAGAAAGGCGAGUUGUUUCUGGCAGACGUUACCACCCAGCUGAAAAACAAAAACAUCACAACUGACAUAAAAGUGGAUACCAACUCUAAUGUAAGUUAUAAUACUAUGCUUAAUUCUUUAUUUGGCUGCUAGUUUUAUUACU